CAACCGGAAGAGUGAAUGUAAACAAAAUAGUUUAGCUUGAGACGAAGCGACCGUUCUCCCGCUGCUAUACUGAUACAGUUGCUUGUAGUUCGUUUUAUAAACGAUGUAAUCUAUUUCGACCGAUUAAGUGAUUAAGCGUUUAUUGAUACGACGAUCCCCGUGUGUCGACAACAGCCAACAUACAUGGAUAUCCUGCCUGCUAGCUGCUAGCUAAACGGCUAAUCUAACUGCGCUAACAACUUAGUGCUAAUUAGCAACCAGCACCAAUGCCUCAAGAGGGAGAGCAGUCUCUUCCCCUGGUUCGCUCCCUGAACAGUUUAAUACCCAUUAAUGCGGUGUUUUGUAACCUAACUCCCCGUGUCGUACGACCACUGUGGAUAGAUUACCAGGGGAAACCUCAGGCGUACAAUGACUUACAGCCUGGGACGGGGCGAAAAAUGAACACCUUCGUCGGACACCCAUGGAUGUUCAGAGACGCAGAGACUGAUGAGCCACUGAGGGUGAACAGCAAAGAACUGUUUCUGCCUAAACCAGCAGAGGGUGGAAAUGCUACAUUUGCUAAUAUCACUUUACCAGUGUACAGCCUCAAGGAUCGCGCUCUUCAGGUUAUUAGGUGUCUGGUACGGCCAGAAGACUACAGGAGGUUGGAAAUAGCACGGUGUCUCCAUGAGGAGCUGGAAGAUCAGCCCAGUGUGUUGAAAGAUCUGCACCGCAUGAAUCAGCGAGUAGAACAACAUCUCCUGCAGAGGAUUCAAGGCCAGGAGGAAUGAGGCAUGAACCUGGAUGGUUAACGCUGACUUAAGGACUGCAGUUUUGUAUUCUGCACUACUAGAAAGCAAAGAAACCAGAACUUGGGGGGGGGGGGAGAUAUAUAUAUAUAUAUAUAUAUAUAUAUAUAUUAGAUAAAAUGUUGUGAGUUUUUUCUUGGGUGAAUGAGCAGCAGACUAUGCCAGAUAUCUCACAUUUCCUCAGUUAUAUUCACUCAAUGGCUUUAGCAAAUGUCUCCCUCAGCAGAAAAAAACUGUAUGUUGCUUUUGCCUUUUAGUAAGAGGAGAUUUUAUAUUAUGUGAACUUCAAUAAAAAUAGGGUUUUUUUUCUCUAAAAUGUUAUUUGAGGAUUUCAUCUAGAGAAAUUAGGUAACUUUGAUGCUUAUCUGAUUCUGUUUUUCUUUACUUUAUUUUGCCAUAUAGCCAGGUUCUGCCAAAGAUAAACUUCCUCAAAAAAAUCCAAGUCGAUCAUUAAAGCUGAUGAUACACAGAGCAACUUUUAGAGCAAUCGUGCAAGGCAACGUUGUCGUCAAUGGUAAUGAGUAAAGAUUACUGCCGUAAUCCCCUUCCCCCACCACUCCGCCACCCAAAACAUAGUUGGACUUGCCACUAGCAAGAUUGACCAGCAACAUUGCUCAAAAAGUUGCCCCGUGUAUCAUCAGCUUAAGACUGAACGUACAAGUAUGUUGUUGUCAUGGAUACAGUGUCCUAAGUAUCACAAUUUAUAAAGGUCACUAAAUAAAAAGUAUAUACCAAUGAUCACUUUAAAUUUCUGAGAGAUAUAUGUUAAAUUUUCUUAAUGGGAGUGCCUGAGAUAAGGUUAUAUUAACUAAUCCAGUUUACUGCACAUCUCCCGUCAGAAAACAUCCGUCAUUGUUAUUCCUGCUGUUCAGCUCAGCAGUUUAAGGCUGAAUUAUUCAACAAUCAUCAGCAAGCGUUUACUUUGGCACUUUCAGUCUGGAGAAAGACGGAGUGGUUAUGGGUACAUUUUCCAAGUUGGCCUAUUCUGGUAAAUGUGGACUUCCAAAUAUACCGACCACCAUAAAUGGGCAAAGUCUCUUCUAAAAGUUUGACUUGCAUGUGAUUUCCUGUAGGGAAAGAUCAGGCUGUGAAACACUGACUGAGGAGCGUAUGCUUUUGUUUUUGCCUACUUUGUAGUUCUUUGCCUAUUUUGUCUCACGUAACCCUGUUGGAAAUUCAUAUAUUGCUACUGUGUCACAAAUAUUUCCAUUUUUUAUUUGUGUAGUAAAUAAUAAAAAAAGAUAUAUUUCUACUGGUUGAACGUUACUAUGAAGAGUAUUGUUAUUUUAAUGAUUUGCUCAGCCUCUAAAACAUGAGGUCCCAAAAUACAGCGACAGUUUCACAUUGAGAAAGUAUUAUAUUCUGUUUAUUUUGUAAGGAAAAUAUAAGUUAUAUUCCAAUUACAAAACAUUUUGAGUACAAAGAAAGUACACACCCAACAGUAUCUGUUGCGACCACACACAAUAUACUAUUAAUUACAACUGUACAGUUGUUUGUGUUUAUGGGUGUAUUUAAUGAAUGUGACUGACGCAUUAUGAUUUAGGAAUUAAUACUCAAGGCUGUCUAAGUAAAAGAAGUGGCAUUUCACUCGGAUCAUCUGAAUAAUAAAGAAUAAUAGUAUCUUCUUA